CAAUGCGCUAGCUCUUCUUGACCAGGGGCUGCAAUGGAAAAAAUGGCCGAAGUUGAUUUUGGAGACGCGGAGCUCUUUGAUCAACUGGAUGACUUCACACCGGUCCCCACACACAUUCGCUUUCCGGACAGGGACGACGCCGACACGGUGGAGGACGACGACGACGAGAAGUGCAGGCUCCGGAGCCGCCUGGACGAGUGCGACUACUGCAUUGAGAAGCUAACGGAGGAGAAUAAAGCUUUGAGGAGAAAGUUGACUAUCCUAACGCGGCCCAGCGGAAUCACGAUAGAAGAUGUCAACAUCGACGGCCCCAUCGCGCAAAUUAUUUAUUCCAACAAUGCCAUAACAAAGCAAUGUCGUCAAGAAAUUGAGGAUUGCCUCUGCGGCAUCAUUCUGAGACACCAAAAAGAGGCAAAUCGCAACAGACACUCGGCAUCAUCACACCUGAAACCUCAGCCGUCUUCAUUUGCCGUGGACGAAGACCCGCAAAAAUUGGCCUCCACUAGUGUGAGAACAACAACCGAACCCUUUAAAGUGGUGGGUAGCGCGUUGUACUUCAGCAGCUUCAGCGUGGACAAGCUGGGCCAGCCGCUGUUCAACGACAACCCUCAGCACACCGACGGAUGGGAAGUGCCAACCUACCAGCAGGUCUUCAACCUGGUUGUCGGCACAGAUGGACAAGAAAUAGAAGUGAAGGACAAAAGGCCCAAAUCGAUGUGUUUUAACUGCGGUUCAAGUGCUCAUCAAAUGAGAGACUGCCCCAAGCCUAAAGACAUGGCAGCCAUCAACGAAAGAAGAAAGGAGUUCACCCAGAGCCAGACUGGGCUCGGGAACCAUCGCUACCACGCAGACGAGGUGGAGGAGCGUUUCUCCAAAUACAAGCCGGGAGUCUUGAGCAAGGAGCUUUUGUCCGCGCUAGGAUUGGACGGCAACACCUUGCCGCCGCUCAUCUAUCGCAUGAGGCAGCUGGGCUACCCGCCGGGUUGGCUCAAGGAAGCCGAAAUGGAGAACUCGGGUUUAACUCUCUACGACGGAAGCGUGUCAAAUGUCAGCAGUAUGACCAGCACACAAAACGUCUCUUACGAUGUUUCUAAACUGGUGGAUUUCCCAGGAUUCAAUGUGCCCCCACCACACAAAGUCAAAGACGAAUUCAUGCGCUACAGUUCAGUUCCCAUGCAGAGCAACCACUUGAAGCACAACUUCGCCGCUUACCUGUCCACUCACUUUGCUUCGCCAGACAGCCCGAGCCGCAAGAGGCCCAACGAGUCGGAUUCGUCACAACACCUCCGGAAGAGGCCAAGGUCCUGCCAUGAUAGCAACUCCGAUAUGGAUAUCGAAUCAGAUCCUGGGACCCUUCACCACACCCCUCGCCACGGUGACUGCUUCAGCUCGCCGCCACCACUACCGCACGGCACACCGCCCGACACGCCCACGCCGCCGCCUCUGCCCAAAAGCACGCCACCCCCAACGCCAACCAAAGGCUCCAUGGCGACGCGGGGGGCCCACUGGGUGGUCGUGGACGAGGCCACGGAGGGGAGGGAGGACGAGCUCACCCUGGAGGAGCUGGAGGAGCAGCAGAGGCUGAUCUGGGCGGCACUCCAGAACGCGGACUCCAGUAGUGAGCCUGAGAUGCCGGCGGUCGGGACCCCGCCGAUCGCGUCGCCCAGCAAGUCCACACCAGUGCGAGGUGACUCAGAAAUGGAAAGUCUCAAAGAAGCGGGUGGCUGUCAGAAUGAGAAUGAAAUGUUCCCUCGACAAGUUUGUCCUCAGAAUGGCACACCAAGCCCUGCUGGACACCAAGAUGGCGGCACCCCGAGUCCUGCUGUGAUGAAAUUCACAAAAGAUAACGUUCCUCCAGCAAAAUAUGAGGAAGACAGCCCCCAAAGUCCUCCUGCGAUGAAAUUCACAAAAGAUAAUGUUCCUCCAGCAAAAUAUGAGGAAGACAGUCCCCAAAGUCCUCCUGCGAUUAAAUUCACAAAAGAUAAUGUUCCUCCAACCAAAUAUGGAGACGACAGCCCCCACAGUCCUUGUGCACUUAAAUCCCAUAUGGACAGUCCCAAAAAAUCCCAGAAUGAAAGUCCUGCACUUAAAUCACAAGAGGACAGCCCCCAAAGUCCUGGCGCAAGCAAAUACGUAAAAGACAGUCCUCAGAGCCCCAAUCCAGAAUCCCAGGAUGUAAACGGGGCCUCCCUCAAGGCCGUGGCGCCCAGGGUUUCGGCCGUUCCCCACCGCAGCCGCUUCGCCGAGGGCAUCGUGCCUUUCGAGGACACCCCUGAGUACACAGAGGUGGCCGAAGCUACGGGGACGUACCUCCGCAUCAGAGACUUGCUCAAGAGUUCGCCUCGCAAUUUAGCCAAGAAAAAAAUGGAAUGACAACAACAACAAAAGUACCUUUUUGGCUCAUGUUUUUACUCAUGGUUUUUAUGUAGAGCAUCGUCAAGGCACAAAGGGACAUUAUGCAAAGUUUAUUUUUUAAAUUGUUUUCAUUUUAUCAUGAGUUGAAUUUGUAAAAAUGUUCAUUUGUGACUUAAAAUUGAUUUUGUCUUUUUUGGGGAGGGCUACGCAACAGUGUUGAAGUAAACAUGUCUUGUUUGCCUCAGUGUGACACUAUUGAAGUCACUGAUGUAUUUAUAUUUCUGAAUGUUCAUGCAGACAAUCAAUCACAUGGCACAUAUUGACAAUUUCCUUUUACAUUCACACCAGUAAUUGAUGGAAAGCCAACCCUAGUGCAAAUGCCUGGUCUUUGUGAUAUAAAGGAAGACUAAGAUAAAUCAUCUCAAAACUUA